UCACGUGACAUUAAAUGUGACUUCCGUUUGGGACAUGGUUGCCUCGUAAUCAUUAGUCGAGGCGUUAUAAACUAGAAACGAAAGCAGAUCAACUUUUGUUUUUAUAAACCACAUUACAAAACAGGAUAACCAUGUCUUCAAGCAUUAGAGUUGUCACUGAAAGUUUUCUUAAUGUGACGAUCACGAGUAACGUCAAUGCCUUCGCAAGCGAAAAGCGCUUUUCGAAAGAUUUGACGAUCGCCGCUUUCAAGAUGAAGUUGGAACUGGUGACUGGUGCUUCAGCAGCAACAAUGAAUCUCACAGUGUUUGACAAAGACAACAAGUUAGUCUGUAUACUGGACAACAACGAUGCCCUGCUUGGAUCAUACCCUAUUGACAGUGGAAUGAGAAUUCAUGUUGAAGAUAAGCAUUUGCAUGCUGGCGAGUUUGAAGAUAUUUCCAAGGUUGAAAAAUUUGAGAUUUCAGAAGAGGACUACGCAAAAAGAGCAGAUAGCAUCAGAGCAUUUAAAGAGCGGAAUAGGCUUGGGAGAUUUAAUGAAGAGGAACAAAAAAAGAAGGAAGAAGAAAAACAGAAAAAGGAAGAAGAGGAAAGAGAGAAAGCAAAAUCAAUGAAAAUUGGAGACAGAUGUGAAGUUCAUGUGCCAGGUCAACCCAACCGACGAGGAACUGUGCGUUACGUAGGUUCAACACACUUCAAACCAGGAAUUUGGGUUGGUGUGCAGUACGAUGAGCCACAUGGAAAAAAUGAUGGCAGUGUCAAUGGAAAAAAGUACUUUGAGUGCCCUCCUAAAUAUGGUGGGUUUGUCAAACCUCUUUUGGAAGUGGGGAACUUUCCAGAAGAAACUCUGAAUUUUGAAGAAGAGGAGAUGUGAGCAAAUGUUGCAUUCCCUAUCUGCCAUUUGGCAUCAUCACACUGCCAUUGAUUUUACAUUCACCAGGCUUGUUCUGCCUUACUGAUUUUCAACAGACGGUGACUGUCUUGUUGGUGCGUCUUAAGAUGUUCUGUUGUGACAGGUGCUGAAAUUUCUUCCCUCGGGAAAAUUAAAAUUAGGAGAAGCAACUACCGUGCAAGCUUAUUCAGGCACAGUGAGCCUUGCAGACUUUUUUCUAAUGAUCUCAGUUUGAUAUUAUUUUAAUAGAAAAGCUGCAUACUUUAUACUCUUUUCAUAUGAAACUUGUGUUUUUUGGAAAUUGUCAUGUCUGAAAUACACAUAGUCAAUUAUUGGUAUUCAUCAAGUACAUUGCAGUGCUUGUGUUGACUAAAUAUUUUAACGUUAUAUUUUACAACUGUCAAAUGCAGUUCUAGGAUGGUAAUGAUUCAAGCAAAGGUAGAGACACAAGAUAUGUCCCCAUUUCUUAGAACGCAAAAUGUUUAAUCAGCUGAGACUGCCUUUUAUAAGCUUGCAAAAUUUACUUAAAACAUUUUAUGUUCAUAAACCAUUAUUGUGCUGACAUAAUGUUAGUCUCCUUGAUGUUCUACAGGUAGACAAUAAACAUUACUAAGCUCAUUAUUCUGUAUUUGAAGGUCAUUCCUCCAGCAAUUAUCUAAUAAACAUCAUAAAACCAGCGCAUGCAUGCUUGUCAGUGUUACAUUGACUUAAUGUGUACAAUGAGAUUACUCUUCUUGAACUUUUAGUAUUAAAUCAAGUCAUAGAUAGGCAGAGAUGUAAUACAUAAUGGCUGUGUAGAGUAUACCAGCUGUGUGUGUCAUUUAGGCUUCUCUUUCCCCCUCCCUUAUUCUAAAUGGUCUGAAAUCUGUGCUUCAGUGCACACUAUACAAGUCCUCAUUCCCGAUUGCAAAUGUUUGAAACCUGGUUGUGUUUACAGUAUUUGGGAUGACUUCUUGAAGCAAUAUCAUCUGUGACCUUAUACAAAAUCACCAGUUAUUAUAUCAAAUGUUCAGAGUAUUAACCAAAGAUUUUUCAGCAAGUGAAAACAGUUUUCAAGUGUACAUCAUUUGAUAAGUGAAAGUUUCAAUACUUUUGAAACAUUUUUAUUUUGACCACAAUUUUGCAAUAUUGAAAGCUUUUGUAAGGCAUCUUAUUUUUGUAUUUGUUCAAGAACGUUAAUUUUGACUGUGAUGAAGCUUUUGUUGAAAUUUUUAAUUGUUUUUACUGGUUCUUACUUAAGUUGCUGAUUUAUUUCAUUGAAAAUUUCUAAUUCAAAUAAUAAAUGUACAGGCCAUGCAUUUUAGGCCUGGGAAACAAA